AUGACAGCACAGCAACUACCCUUAGAAACACUUCUUCAUAUUUUUUCUUUCCUUUCCUCUGAAAGCCUGGCGUCAUUCGCGAGCGUCUGCCGGUCAUGGCAGAUAGCAGUUGAGAAGAUCACAUUUGCCGAUAUUCAUCUCAACCUUUCAACUCUGAAGCGGCUCGGUGAUAUAGUCCGUUCCUCGGGGUUUGAACGAUGUGAGCUUAUCAAGAGGAUACACUUCAAAGUCAAUCUUCCGGAGUACAGCGUUGCAGCUCGGGGAAGUUAUGAGAAUUCAUAUGAUCACAAACGCAAUAACGAAAUGUUCACGCUUUCCAUCUCAUCCCUUUUGGAGACUCUGAGUUUCUGGCCAAGUACCGGCAACAAUUCAACCUCGCUGGAGCUCUACUCACGAUCUCCGAGUGACUGGCGUGCAUGCGAAGACUGGGCCGAGCGUCGCACUCGCCAUCAAACUGCCAUCGCUUUCCCCGAGGAAGAGCUUCUCGACAAGAGAUGGGAGGGCUCAUACUUGGACCUCACCGAGAGAAUCCCAUUCACUGCUGGUUGCAUCCACUCAUUUAAGAUCCCGGGCCAUCCCGGCUACCGGCACUUUGCACCGAGCGCCAUAUCGGAAAUAGUUUCCCUCUUACCGCAAGUGGAGAAGGUUGACAUGGUACUUCAUGACGACGAGAAAAAUGACAGCGUACUUCGUGAUCGUCUUCGUGGUGGUAAGCCCAGCUCAUCGUCGCGUUCGCCCCUUCAACUGUCUUUCCAGUAUUCAAUAUUCUGUUCCUCCCUUGGCGAGCCUUUGAAUACUUUCCGGGCUGUAAAAUCUAACGAUGCAUCGAUAGGAUUAAAUUUCAAGGGGUGGCCUCAGUCUCUCCGGUGUUUGGACCUUUCGUACCCAGGGCCAACUCCGAGUGAUGAUGAGACACUGGACCCCCCACCGCGAUCGGCUUCAGGAAAGGACAUUCUCAGCCUUGCUUUGCAUAAACUUUCACAUCAGUUGAAAAGUAUUACCCUGAGAAAUAUCAUGAUUGGUCCCGAAUUAUUUUGGCCAGCAAUAGCCAACCAAUGCAUCCCAAUGUGGCCGAAUCUUACCACGUUUGUGAUGGACUAUCAACCAGCCACAACAUCUGGAAAGUGGCUGUUUGAGAAUGACCCAGCGUGGGAUGAGAAGGUUGAUGAGCCCUGGUCUCCCUCCGAGACACCAAUAUCCCCGGGUCGAUUCCGUACUCUUCCUAAUGCAAAACUUGAUGAACUGUACUGUGCUGCUGCACAAGCGGCUCAACGAAUGCCCCGGCUUCGCUGCAUGAGACUUGAGGCUGGGAUAGGGAGAAGUUGGAUCAAGGAAUCCUUCGGACCCCCUGUUCAUACGUUCGAAUAUAACGCGAUACGUGGUCAAGCGAUUUGGACGAGCUCAUCUGAAUAUCAUUUGGCGGGUCACGUCCGAAGUGCUUGGGAUGCUGUAGCAAAGAGCCAUGGUCAUGCUGAGGUAUACUCCGAGAGCGUAUGGUUUUAUUAUUGUCCGGAAGACGCCUCCGAGUACUCCGGUGCUAAUAUUCUCGACGACCGGUGGAGAAAGAAGUACGGAUGCUUCUCAUGGGAUGACGACAGUUAA